CACCUUUAGUUUAUUGCCAACGGCCAUUAAACACCACAAGAAGAAGAAGAAGAGUUUAUUUGCGGGAGGCUGACAGCUGCUGCUGCAGAAAUCUUCUCCGAGUUUGAAAAAACCAUCCUGCGGUACGAAGAAGAGAUGGAGCGUCAGCGCAGACUGCUGGAUCUCUGCUGGAAACCUGAACUAAAGCUGCACAGAGUCGACUUCCAACAGGAGCCUGUCCUGGCAGACCAGGACUCCAGCCCGGUCCAAGAGGAACCAGAAUCAGAACCUCAACAGAUCAGCACGGCCCACGAGGAACCAGACUCUAAAUGUGUCAAAGUAGAAGAAGUGGAGGAGCUCUGCACCAGUCAGGAGGAAGAUCAGGUCCAGCUGAAGCAGGAGACUGACCCGAUAAYGAUGACCUCGUCACAUGAAGAACCAGAGGCAGACAGGGAGCCGCCCAUCUUCAGUCAAACAUUCGCUUCCUGCCUGAUUUGUGGAGCAACGUUUCCUGGGAGAACAUUUCUCCUAAAACACAUGAAGGUCCACGAGGUCACGAGCCUGAAGUCCGACCGCCCGCCGUUCUGCUGUCCCGUCUGCAGUGACAAGUUCCCGGCUCGUCACGGGUUGAUCCUGCACAUGAGGCGCCACGUCGACAAGAAACCGUUUCCCUGCGGCUUCUGUGGAAAGAGGUUCCCCUUCAAAAGAAACUGUGAGGUCCACAUGAGAAUCCACRUGAGGCAGAGCCUGCAGUGUAACGUCUGUGGGGAGAGGUUCACCUGUAAAGACCAGUUCACCUAUCACAUGAAGAUCCACAUGGACCAGGACCUGAACCUGGACCACUGUUGUCCCACYUGCAGCAAAACCUUCUCCUCCAGCAGAGGGUUAGUCGUCCACAUGAGGAGUCACACUGGAGAGAAACCGUUCUCCUGCRGAUUUUGCCCAAAGACUUUCAGCUGCAGGAAGAAAUGUAAAAGCCACAUGAGAGUCCACGCCAGCCGCGAGGACGACUUCACUGACGAGGACCAGCUCAAAACCCACGUGAGGAGCGACGCGAGCGAGGCCCUGAACCCCGAGCACUGCUGUCCCACCUGCAACAAGACGUUGUCCUCCAACAGCAGCCUGGUCGUCCACAUGAGGAGUCACACGGGAGAGAAACCGUUCUCCUGCAGGGUCUGCAGGAGGCAGUUCAGCACCAAAGGAAACUGCGAGAACCACAUGAGGCUCCACACGGGGGAGAAGCCRUACUCCUGCARGACGUGUGGAAGAUGUUUCACUUACAGCUCACAACUUAAAAACCACACAAAGGUCCACCUGGACGCCACGGUCCCCUCUGCUGGACCAUGUGGAGCAGGUUUCUGAGGAGUCCUGAGAAGUCUUCAGUAUAUUCAGAUUACUUAUCUGUGACCCAUCAUAUUCAAAUGAGGAUUAAAUCAMAUUUGUUCAAAAUGAC